AGAGAAUUAUUUCAGUCCCAGGAACCGUUCUGCCGCACCCACAAUGAUAUCUAUUUUCAUGGAAUUCAAACUCACAUCUACUACAGUCACCAACGCUCUAGACAACAUGAAAACAUCCUAACCACCUAUGCUAGGGCGAGUAAAAUGGUCAGAGUGAGGUGUUCUUUCAUUUGUAUCUGGAAGUAACUAGCCAACUUUGGCCAGUUAGCUUGCUUGACUACCGUUGUUGUGAGGUCAGAACGCUCGAAUCAACCCUACUCGUCGACCAUACCUUCCAACAUGUGCUCUGAGCGCACUAUGUGAGAGAAUCUGCGAAUCAGCAUCCAAAACGUUUGUUUGUGACGCAGAUCGGUGUAUGACAUCUCUAUUUCAAUCAGAUCCUGCGUUGACACCAGGCAGGGUGGCUUGAGUCCGUUAGGUAACCGAGAAGUUAACCGAGAGUCAAUUGAAUACUUUUAGCUAGUAAUAUAAAUGGUUUGAGAUUCAUUACCUGUUACUUACACCAAAUAAAUAUGGGGAACCGUGUCCCUCGUGAGGAUUACGAAUGGGUUUAUACAGAUCAGCCACACGCAGACAGGAGGAAAGACAUUUUGGCAAAGUACCCAGAAAUAAAGACCCUAAUGGGGCCUGAUCCCAGGCUGAAGUGGAUUGUUUGCAUGAUGGUACUCAUCCAGUUUUUAGCAUUCUAUCUGGUCAAAGACCUAGACUGGAAAUGGGUCUUGUUCUGGACUUAUGCCUUUGGCAGCUGUAUCAACCACUCCAUGACCCUGGCCAUCCAUGAGAUCUCCCACAACACAGCGUUUGGCAACAGCAGGGCCAUGUGGAACCGCUGGUUCGCCAUGUUUGCCAACCUGCCCAUCGGGCUGCCGUAUUCUGCCUCCUUUAAGCGCUACCACCUGGACCACCACCGCUACCUGGGAGGAGAUGGCGUGGACGUGGACAUCCCCACUGAAUUUGAGGGCUGGUUCUUCUGCACACGCUUCCGUAAGUUUGUCUGGAUCAUCCUUCAGCCUCUGUUCUAUGCUAUCCGCCCUCUCUGCAUCAACCCCAAGCCCAUCACCAGGCUGGAGGUGGCCAACGUGGCUGUGCAGCUGUCCUUCAAUGUGGCCCUCUACUGGCUGUGUGGAGCCAAGCCUGUGGUGUACAUGAUGGCGGGCUCCUUGCUGGGAAUGGGUCUGCACCCCAUCUCUGGACACUUCAUCGCUGAGCACUACAUGUUCCUCAAGGGCCAUGAGACGUACUCAUACUAUGGCUCCCUCAACCUGCUCACCUUCAACGUGGGCUACCACAACGAGCACCACGACUUCCCCAGCAUCCCAGGACGUAGGCUACCUCUGGUGAAGAAAAUCGCAUCGGAGUACUACGAUGACCUGCCCCAGUACACAUCAUGGGUGAAGGUCCUGUAUGACUUCAUUAUGGAUGACCGGCUCAGCCCCUACUCUCGUGUGAAGAGGAGGCUAAAGGGAGAUGUCAAGCUGGAGUAAAUCCUUCCCCUCCCUCUCUCUUACUCUUAACAAAAAAACUGAAGUAUAUUGACACCAGCCCCAAUUAACCACCAAGACUUAACAGCCUUUGCAUAUUAAUAGACAUUUGAACAGAAUGUGUAGUGUCUGUGGACAGUAUGUGUGACAUGUAUGUGUUAAUGUUUUCCUCCUCAGGAACAACUGAAAGGGGUGAUGGAACAUGGUUAUAUAGUCUUCUCUAGCAGAAUUACAACCAUUACUGCUUGCAUUCCAAUUAGUCCUUAUUACACAAGAUUGUCAUUUCUCCUAUUUGUUUUUCCUGAAAAGCCCAUUUAUUGCAGUUGUGGUCAUUUUAGAAACCUGUAAUAGGGAUGACGGCAAGUCUGAAUAUUUUUCUAUUCACAAAUUUUUAUUUUUCAUUUAUAUGAAGAAUUUAACUCUAGAUCACUUAGGAGUUCAGCAUCAGUUGCUGAAUGUGUUGAAUAUUUGAGAUCCUGUUUGUAUAGUUUAUUUUAUGAUCAGUUUUAUUUAAUGUCUUUGAAAGAGGUGUAGCAAUAUACAACCAUAUCUUAUUGUGAAAAAGUUUUAUUGGAAAGGGUGGAGGAUACUCUUGCACCAGUUAGGAGAUCAGGCUUUUUGCUGCUUUGGGGGGGUGAGAAGCCUAGCCAUUUUGUAUUGUGCUUGCCAACACCUCUGUUCAAAAGCUGAUUGUCUGAAUUUUACAUUUAAUUUGACACAAUGUGGAGAAAGAAUGGCAUUAGAUCAAACAUUCACUUGUUUUGUUUAAUUUAUGUUUGCCCUUUUAUGGAAAGACAAUGUGGCCUUAAAUGUGUAAAUUGCUGUAAUGCAGAUGCUGCGUUCAUAUCUUGUCAGAUGGUGGAAAUACAAAAGGACUAGCCUCUAGCUUAUGUAUGCUCUAAACACCAACUUGUCAGGACUUAGUGUGAGGGUUCUCCUUUUAUAAAAACUCAAAAUGCACAUCUAAAAUCUACUGAAUGUUAUAGCAAAUUUUGUUUUUAGACAAUGAGUCUUUCAAUAAUCACUAUUCUGACAGUCUCUUAUGGAAACCCUAUCAAAGGCCAAAUUAAUUGAAACCAAAUCUAGAUAAGAGUAACUCUUAAGUCUGUCCUUUGUUCCAUGUACAGUAUGAUUGUUGUUACAAUUCCAAUAGAUUCUGAAAGUCUUGAUUAUUUCCAAUUGUGUCCUUAACAUUUUCAAUGACGUAAAUAGCUUAAUUUGUGAGAAAGACAAAAUAGCUUAUUUUUAAGAUGAUGAUUGACCUCAAGAACCGGGCCACACCCUUAGUCAUUGAGUUUGAAAGCCUCUCAAAUAUGUCACUUUAAAGUAGCUACCACUGAGGGAGAGAAAGCCAAUUGAUGUAUCACAUAGCCAAACCAUGAUGUGGAUAGAUCUUGUCCAAAGUGGAUUGGAAACUUGCUGACAUUGGUGCUGAAUCACAAAUUGACCCUUAUACUCUCCAUGUAGACCUGGAAUGGUAAUAGUUCCAUCUUGCCCUCUGAUAGGUGUGGAGGGAGAUUAGGUCUAUUCGAUAUGGCCACACUUAUCCAAUCUAUUACAGAUGUACCUAGGGUUGAUUUGCGAUUCAGGGGGCCUCUGAAACAAGGUAGAGGGGUUGUUGGUUACAUCUACAUCAGUAUUAAACAAACUGAACACAUGCUAAGGGUGAAAGAAUGUUUAUAUUCUCAACUCAAACAUUUUAAUUUUGAAUAUUCUGCAGCAAGAGUCAUGAUUGCAUAACUGCAUCCAAUAUGUUUUUAUUAAACUAAUUGACCUUG